UCAUGGCAGCACAUGCCUUGGAAGGAGGAGGAAGAAAGCUCCGUUCAAAGUAGUGUCCUGAUCCCAGUGCUGCUUUCCCUCGACUCCGGUCCACUGUGUCACGGACACGCACAAACGGAACCAUCUAUCUCCCUUGGCUUACUCACUCGCAGUCGGCUGCAAUGGCGAAAAGCCUCUCGCAUUCAAUUCACGACUCUCUCUCCUAUAUAUCCAUCUGGGUAAUAGCCCUCCUCUCCUCUCCUCUCCUCCCCUUGCGUUGCAUUUACUCCCAUCUAUGCCAGGUUUUUCUUCCCAUUUCUUUUCCUGUGUGUCUUUAUGCUUGUGGAUCUCAUUAAAUGCUGUGUGAUGGAGAGAGAUGAUUUGAGGUUCUGGGGCUGCCUUGUUGCAGGGGUUUGGGAGCGAUAACAGUGGGAAUGGGACGAUCUCCAUGCUGUGACAAGCAAGGGUUGAAGAAAGGGCCGUGGACGCCGGAGGAGGACAAGAUCCUUGUCGACUUCAUCCAGUCCCAUGGCCAUGGCAGCUGGCGCUCUCUUCCAAAGCUCGCAGGUCUGCUUCGGUGCGGCAAGAGCUGCCGGCUACGGUGGACGAACUAUCUCCGGCCCGACAUCAAGCGCGGCCCCUUCACUCCGGAGGAAGACAAGUCCAUCAUCCAACUCCACGCCAUCCUCGGCAACAAGUGGUCGGCGAUAGCAGCGCAGCUGCCGGGGCGGACGGACAACGAAGUCAAGAACUACUGGAACACCCACCUCAAGAAGCGCCUCCUCGUCCACCAACACCACCACCACAACCACCACCAACGCCUGCACAUGUCCUCAUCCACCGCGACCGGUAGCCACAUGGCGCAGUGGGAGAGCGCCCGACUGGAGGCUGAGGCGCGCCUCUCACGUGAGUCCUUCCUCUUCUCCAGCUCUACCACCGCGGCCGCCUCAUCCGCCGCUCCCUUUGCCGGCGCCGUCUCAGAGCCCGACUCCGACCUUCCGCCUCGCGCGGCCGAGCCCGACUUCUUCCUCCGCAUCUGGAACUCCGAGGUCGGUGCCGCCUUCCGACGCCGCUCUCCGGACAGCGCGUCGACGCGCAGCUCGGCACCGGCCCGGGAGGAGGCGGAGAGCAAGAGUUGUGUGACGGUGGGACACCCGGCGGCGGCAGCGGCGGCCGCGGCGGGGAUGGACGUCGACUCGAUCGGGUCGAACGAGGUCGCGGAAGAGACGGAGGAGGAGGAGGCGUACCAACUGUAUCUUGACUUCGCGGGCGACGACCUGGGCUUGUUCACCGUGCAACUCUCCUCCCUCUUCUCCGCCGACCUCAACGAGGCUUACUUCGACACUGCCUUCAAAUGACAAGCACCACAAGCCUCGUCCUCCUCAUGUGUUCGUGUUGGCGUUGGAUUCCGUCGUAAGAUUCUGUGGUGCGUAGCCCACAAUUUAGGUGAUAUUUUUGGUAUCCAGGAUGGAGCUUCCAUUUAUAACGAGCUUGUGGUUGAUGGAUGAUGUAACCAUGGAGAUGUCCAUACUUGCAGUGAUCUCAUACGUUUUUGUUUGAUGUGCAUCUUUUGGAAGUGGCACUAACAACAUUUUGGUUUAUGUGUAU